GACAUGACGUGUAUUUUUAAAGAAACGUGAGAUACCGGUAUGAACGAUAAUAUUAUACGCAUAUCUAUUUGUUCUGUUAAAUAAUUAUACUAUAGGGUUUUGAGUGAGGCCAUAGAAAUUAAUUGGUUGUUUUGAAAGCCUGCAAGUAUAAUUUAGUAGGUAAUCUUCUCUGUUGUGUCAUCUGAUACAACCCAAAAGCAUUUUAAUUCGAAAAUAAUAAAAAAUAUAACCCUCUGUAGUGUUACUAUAGCAUCACGACAUUGUCAUCAGUGCUGAGAAUAAUGACUAAAGUUAGAUGUAAAAGCUGUAUUAUACUGGCGUGGAAGGUUAUAUUAUUUUUGUUGCACCGGUAUUGUUAUUGUGAAGUUUCAGAUGUUCACUACCCCUAUGUAACGUGUGGUUCCAUAAUAAAGAUUGAGAAUACAAAUUACAAAGUUCGUCUACAUUCCCAUGAAGUUAAAUAUGGAUCAGGCAGUGGCCAGCAGUCUGUUACAGGCACUGAUACUAAGGAAGAUAUCAAUAGCCACUGGGUAGUGAAUGGAAAGAUGGGACAUCCUUGUAAUAGAGGACAACCAGUAUCUUGUGGUACAGUGGUACGACUUGAACAUUUAACAUCAAAGAAAAAUCUUCAUAGUCAUCAUUUUCCAUCUCCAUUGUCACAUAAUCAAGAAGUUAGUGCUUUUGGUGAAGAUGGUAAAGGCGAUACUGGAGAUUACUGGAAAGUGGUAUGCAGUUCAGAUUACUGGGAGAGAGGUGGAAAUAUCAGAUUAAAACAUGAAGAUACUGAUAGCUGGCUGUCUGUGUCUGGCCAUAGUUAUGGACGUCCAAUCCAUGGACAGCUGGAAGUGUGCACUGUACAGCAUUUGGACAGCUCUUCUUACUGGCGAACAGUGGAAGGUGUUUACAUCAAACCUGAAGAUUCAUCACCUAAACUUAUCCAUCAGCAUAAAGAACUAUAGACUUAGUGUUACUUUUUACCAUAACUUGGUCACCUAAUUUUAUUAAUAUUUGUUUUAGUGCACAUGCUGCAUCAUGUGAUUAUUGACUAAAAUCUGAUGCAAUACUGAUAUUGAAUUGGUUUUUGGUUUACUUUCAGAGACAUAUUUUGACAGUAUACAUAUAUUCAAAUUCCUUUCAUGAUGAUAUGUGACAUUAUAUUGAAAUCAGAAUAAUAAAAGUGUGAGAAUCAACAA